GAUUCUGCUCAAGAGAGUGUCAUUACACGAGAUAUUCAUCGUACAUUUCCAGCACAUGAUUAUUUUAAAGAUACAGAAGGAGACGGUCAGGAAUCUCUAUACAAAAUCUGUAAGGCAUACUCUGUCUAUGAUGAAGACAUUGGCUAUUGCCAGGGACAGUCGUUCCUUGCAGCUGUGCUUCUACUUCAUAUGCCGGAGGAGCAGGCAUUCUGUGUGUUUGUGAAAAUAAUGUAUGACUAUGGCUUGAGGGACCUCUACAGAAAUAACUUUGAAGAUCUCCAUUGCAAAUUUUUCCAGCUGGAGAAGUUAAUGCAGGAGCAAUUACCAGACUUGUAUAGCCAUUUCUCAGACCUCAGUUUGGAAGCUCAUAUGUAUGCAUCCCAGUGGUUCCUCACUCUUUUUACUGCCAAGUUUCCACUCUGCAUGGUCUUCCACAUCAUUGACUUACUACUUUGUGAGGUAAAAAACCCUUGAGUCAGAAAGCCCUUCCUC